UUCCUCCUAGAAAAAGGGAGAAUUGUGGUUAAUUUUGGGGUCAGUAGAAGUAAAAUUAGAUCAGUCAUCAGUGGUGCUACUAAUAAGUACGUCAUUCAUUUGAAUCGCUAAUUUAAUUUUGAAAUAUUUAAGAUCAGUUCAAAUGAAUGACGUGGGACAUAUUUAAGACGUCAUUCAUUAGAUCGGGGAUCGAAUACCAAAAGCAAUAUUUAUUUACAAGCUGACGCCGAAAUGGAACGCAUACAGAUUAGACGACCGAUAAGUAAGAAAUGAUGACUAAUUUUGGCCACAUUCCUUUCCUGCCAUCAAUUCCCUUUGAAUCUCAUGAGGACGAAAGACGUCACCACAAAAGCAAACUGUGUGCAAGUUAUACAUGUUUUUGUAUCCCUUGUUACAUUUGAGAGAGACCAACGAAAAAGAACCACGUUGUUCUUCUUGUUCCAAUAAUGUAUGCGGUGGUAAGUGUAUUGAAACCGGAUAUUCCACAGUUUUAGCUGGGCAUUGGAUUCUCAUGAGCACAAAUUAGUAUUGCUGAGAUUGCACAAAAUAAAGACGAGUAAUAAAUAUUGGCUAAUACAUAUUGCUACUUACUACUAAAUAAGUAGUCGGACGGUUAACAGCUCAAAUAAUAAUAAUUUGCACACUUCUAGUCAUCAGAUGCAUUCCUAACUUAAUUAAUACUGUGUUGAAACGUUUCAAAAAAUCCUGAUCUUUUAAAACCUAUAACAUAAAUAGACUCGUAUCAAGGGUGAGCUAGGGUCCAUAUUUAAGGAGUCAAAAAUUGUUGACUCAUUCAAGAUCAAAAUGUCAUUCCUAACCACGCACCGAAUCACGAAUUUCCUCGCGUCGGGAUCUUUUGGACUAGUUUUCAAAACUAGUAACCAGAACGGCGUUUCAUUAUCCGCCACAAAAUUCCUGUUCUGCGAGACUGACAAUUCCCGAAGGUUGCAACUCAUCCAGAGAGAAAGCAAUGUGCAACUCAAGCAUGAAAAUGUGGUCGAACUUGUCCAAGUUUCUGAAGAAUUUUUCACCCCACAAGUCAUCCUCGAGCUUCGAUCACUCCUUCCAAACUGUAAGGACCGGAGUUGGACCCUCAUCACGAAAUAUUUACACCAAGCCUACGAAACUGGUCGGGUUCAAGUGCACAUCUUGAAAAUGGAGCUGUGUGGUCCAACAUUGCGCGUGUGGCUGGAUUAUUACACGGUAAAUCCGAUCUUUUACAAGGCACAAGCUGACCUCAACGCCGUCCAAGUUCGGAUCGUUUCCGAAUGUGCGGAGGGAUUACGCUUUCUCCACACGAAUGAUAUCAUUCAUCGUGACUUUAAACCAGAAAAUGUCAUGUUUUCCCUCCCUGAGGACCGGAACAAGUUCAUUUUCCCACUAAAAAUCGGGGAUUUCGGACUUUCUCGACAAAUCCCAAACAGUACUUCGACCUCUCAAGUCGAAAUGACCCAACACGUCGGCACUGACUCUUACAUGGCACCCGAAAUCAAUCUUGGCCGGUACAGCAAGGCAGCCGACAUCUACUCAUUUGGUCUCGUCAUGUGGGAAGUUCUCCAACUUAUUAACGACUUCGAUCGACCAGAAUACUUUCACCGACGCGUCAACGAAAAUGAUAAUCAUCUCAUAGAGAAAAAUCUCCCUCUCCCGAACGCCAAAUAUUUCAUUGUUAGAAUGACGUCGAAACAAAUUGACUACAGAAUGAAGGAUUUGGACCAGUUUAUUGAACAGAGGGUUCGCUUUGCGCAUAAUUCUGAGCAGUUGACCACGUUUCUGAGGGAUGCCGUUCCAAGGGAAGUAAUUUACUUGGGGGAGACCAGUUACGAGGGGGCGUUUGAAAUUGGGAAGGAUAACCUCACUUUGAAAGGGAUGGGAGAAGGGACCAUAAUGCGACCAGUGUCUGGAGAGAGUGCAGAAUUUCAAAAUCCGAGUGAAAAUUUCCUCCUAUCCGUGCGAGGAUCCAACUGCACCGUAGUCGGCCUAAAGUUUGAAACCUUUCAAAAAAAUCAGGGCGGAAUCGGUGUUUUCGGAAACGCCAACAAGAUAUCCAACAUAUCGCUCACGACCCGAGAUGGGGAUGCCAUCAGCGUUUUCGGAGAUGACAAUGUCGUCAAAAAGCUCAAAAUCAAAAACUCACGGAAUGGAAUCACAAUUUUAGGCAGGGGAAACACGGCGGAUUACAAUUACAUGCAAAAUGGGGACGAAGGGAUCUCUUUGGACGGCGUUUCCAACGUGGUGACCACAUUUUGCUGGUCAAAUCUUAAAACUGGGGUGUCCAUCCGAAGUGGGAGCAGCUCUCAUCGUAUCUUGGAUACCAAAGAGAUAGACAAACUGCAAGGAGGUGGUGGAGGUGUUGGGUUACGAAUUGAUAAAGAUACGGCCAACUGCUGUAUUACAAAUGUGAAGGCAGAGAAAAUUAGUGUGGAUGGAAGCUGCCAUUCUUUUAGAAAUGUUAAGAGUGAAAAGAAUCCAGAAAUUUGUGGGGAGGGGCAUAUUUUUAUGGAUUUUGAAGGGGUGUAAAUACAGUGGAGGCCUCUUAGCGUAUGAUUUUAACAGUAUGAUUGACAAACUGUGUCAAUCGAUCAAAAAUUUAAGUAGUAAAUAUGAAAUUUGCAAACGACACUAUCAGGUUUUGCAGAGAUAUUUGCAUUUAAAGUGGAGAAAAUCAAAGUUUCCAAAUUUACAUACUACCAGUUUUCUCCUCUUCGGAUGCAAAUAUCUCCGUCAAACCUGCCUAGGAGAUCAUGUCUUUUACAAAUUUUAAAUUAACUAAAUUUGUAGUCGAUUGGCACUAGUUUGGUCAAAAUCGGAGAGCUUACAUACAUUGGAGAACCUCCAUUGUUGCAUAUCUAAUUACAUAUCUCAGCUUAUGUAAAUUGAUGAAUUGUCUUGUAUCUGCUUAUUUACCUAAGUUUCUCAUCAAAUACAAAUACCGAUACAUGCAAAUUGUGUAUGUAUGUAUGUACAAAAGGGUGAAUCAUUUCGUAUUUUGUUACUGUUCCACCUUUUUCCCCCAUUGUGUUCCACUUUGCCAUACAGAUUAUCAGUGCGAAACAAGUUUUGUUUUAUUAUUUAUCAGACAACAUUUCGUCUUCAGGCUCCAGUAAAGUUGCUUUACACCCGGAUACGCUUUUCUUUAGUGUACUCACUCACAUGCAUGUACAUAACUUAUUUAUAUAAGAGAUGAAUAAAUGCUCCCAAUUUUGAUACUUGA